UCCCUCCUCCUCAGUGCCUUACAGUCUUAUACCGGUACACUGCUCUCCAUUCAGCCGUAUGCAGAUUGUGGGUCCCGGGAGGUGGGACGAGGGCAGGGCCGCUGGAAUGCGACGUGUCUCGCUACACUCUUAAAAACACUUCUCUUUCCGCAUCUCCACAAACCACCUUCAAGAAGUUCACCUGCGACUCUAGCCCGCCCCGCCUCCGAGCGAAGAUCCAAACCCGAGCCGCACUUUACCGGAGCGAGAUGCCUGGAAACGCAACACGAAUACCGGCUCUGAACAAGUCCACUAAUGUGGUUUACCAGGCCCAUCAUGUCAGCCGCAGCAAGAGAGGGCAGGUCGUGGGAACCAGAGGAGGUUUCAGAGGAUGUACAGUCUGGCUCACAGGUCUGUCAGGGGCUGGUAAGACAACAGUGGGAUUCGCUUUGGAGGAGUAUCUGGUCUCUCACGCCAUUCCCUGCUACUCUUUGGACGGUGAUAACAUCCGUCACGGCCUUAAUAAGAACCUGAGCUUUACUUCUGAGGAUCGAGAGGAGAAUAUUCGGCGUAUUGCUGAAGUGGCCAAACUGUUUGCAGAUGCUGGGCUUGUUUGCAUUACAAGUUUCAUCUCGCCGUUUACCAAAGACCGUGCGGAGGCUCGGGAGAUCCACGAGAAAGCAGGUUUACCAUUUUUUGAGGUCUUUGUGAACGCUCCUCUGGAUGUGUGCGAGAGCAGAGACGUUAAAGGACUCUACAAAAAAGCAAGAGCCGGACAGAUUAAAGGCUUCACCGGUAUAGAUUCGGAUUAUGAGUGUCCAGAGGCUCCUGAGUUGAUUCUGAAGACCGGAGAGCUCACAGUGAACGAAUGCAUUCAGCAGCUAGUGAACCUUUUGAAGGAGCAGAGCAUUGUUCCCAGUGGAGUUAUAGAGGAGAUUAAUGAACUCUUUGUGCCUGAGAACAGACUGGAGCUGGCACAGACAGACGCCAGCACCCUGCCCUCUAUCAGCAUCACCAAGCUGGACUUACAGUGGGUGCAGGUGUUGGCCGAAGGAUGGGCUAGUCCUCUGAAUGGUUUCAUGAGGGAGAGAGAAUAUCUACAAGUCAUUCAUUUCAACACCCUACUUGAUGGUGGUACCAUCAACUUCUCAAUACCCAUUGUCCUUCCUGUUGCAACGGAGGUUAAAGACCGUCUACAAGGCAGUGUGGCUGUGGCUUUGGAGUACCAGGGAAAACGUGUCGCAGUCUUACACAACCCAGAGUUCUUUGAACAUCGUAAGGAAGAACGAUGUGCACACCAGUGGGGAACAACCUGUCCCAAACAUCCUUAUAUAAAGAUGGUUUUGGAAAGCGGUGAUUGGCUGGUAGGAGGUGAGCUAGAGGUAUUGGAGCGAAUCAGAUGGAACGAUGGGCUGGAUCAGUACCGUCUCACCCCACGGGAGCUAAAGGAGAGAUUUAAAGAGAUGAAAGCAGAUGCAGUGUUUGCUUUUCAACUGAGGAACCCAGUGCAUAAUGGCCAUGCCCUGCUUAUGACCGACACACGCCGUCGACUGGAGGAACGUGGGUAUCGAAGGCCAGUGCUACUUUUGCAUCCUUUGGGUGGCUGGACCAAAGAUGAUGAUGUGCCUCUGGACUGGAGGAUGAAACAGCAUGCGGCUGUGCUAGAGGAUGGCAUUCUAGACCCACGAUCCACCAUUGUGGCCAUUUUUCCUUCCCCUAUGAUGUACGCUGGGCCUACAGAGGUCCAGUGGCACUGUCGUGCAAGGAUGGUAGCAGGUUCUAAUUUCUACAUUGUGGGUCGUGAUCCUGCUGGGAUGCCCCAUCCAGAGUCAGGACAGGACCUGUAUGAUCCAUCUCAUGGAAGUAAAGUUCUGUCCAUGGCCCCUGGACUGACCUCUGUGGAAAUCAUCCCCUUCAGAGUGGCUGCAUACAAUAAGACCAAGAAAGCCAUGGACUUCUAUGACAAAGACAGACAUGCUGAUUUUGAGUUCAUCUCCGGGACCAAGAUGCGCAAGCUGGCCCGCAGUGGAGAGAACCCUCCUGACGGCUUCAUGGCCCCUAAAGCCUGGAAGGUCCUCACAGAGUAUUACUCUUCUCUACAAAAAGACCAGUGAUGACGCACACGUGAAGACGCUUCAACACAGAAAACCUCAGAUCACGGUGCAUGUGGUCCAGACGGAGAAUGACUCAGUGAACUACUUCAAGGCAUUGAAAAAUGAAGGAGCAUGCUUAUAGUGAGCUGGUAGUAACGUGGUCAAGAUUUUCUGUGAGGAAUUAUUUUACUAUAGCAUUGUUUUUAAAUUGAAUUAAGAACAUGCUUUUUCAACUGUGAAAAUUAAACCGAUGUGCCUUGGUGAUAAGAUGGCGAUCCCAAAGAGAUUACGAGAUCUUAAAUUGUAUUUAGGAAUGCGUUUUGUAUGCUUUAGAAGGCAUUCAAAAGAAAAAGUGUAUCAAUUGCAAUUGUAAUCUAAGUUUAGGGUUGAUAAGAAUUACUUUGCCUUUUAAAGUAACUGUUUUAAUAUAUUUUAAAAAAGAUUCUUGCUAUUUUGGCAAAGCUGAAUGUUAGCAGCCACUACUCCGGUCAUCAACGUCACGUGAUCCUGUUGUAAUCUUUUUAAUAUGCUGAUUUGGUGCUCAAGAAACAUUUUUUUAUCGUCAAUGCUAAAAAUAGUGCUGCUGAAAUUUUUUUGUGGAAACUGUGAUACUUCGUACAGGAUUCUUUACGAAAUUUUCUGUCGGUUUUGAUUAACACUGCUUAAUCUACAUAUUAUUUUUUCAAAAAUGACUUACUCCAAACUUUUUGUUGAUGCGUAAAUCAAGGUAGUGUUCAUCCAGCUGUAAAUGCAGUCAGAAUAGUUUUGUGUGCAUUUGACGAGAAAUGAGUUGUUAUCUGCGGACCAUAUCGGGGACAAGCAUACUAGGGAAAAUAUUUCAUCAAAACAAUAAUCAUUAAAACUGUUUUAUAAAAGGUUUAACAGCGAAUGCAAUAAAAUGUCAUAUGAAUAUCUGUAAUAAAAUCUUUUUACUGCGAUUA